GUGCGUAAUGAGUGUGCGUCAGGAUCCAGCGUUUGGUUCCUUCUCGGCACUUAUCGAGUUUCGGCAGUCGACCAGAACAGCCAAAACAUUUCCUCUUUUCGCGCUCCCAGGUUAGAGACGGGAAAAGUUUUGAGAAUUAAACAGCUGGAACAAUCUUCUGAGUGGUUGGAUGAUGGAUUCACGGAUUUUUCUCCCUGCUCUCCUGCUCGUCCUCGGUUUGGCGACAGUUUUCGCCCAGUCUUCCGCACCUGGCCAAGCUUGUGAAUCGAAGAAUGGGACAACCUGUGAUGAAUGUCUGAAAAAUGUGACGUGCUUGUGGUGUAUCAAAACGAAGUCGUGUGUAACCUAUCCAGUGAGGACCAUCCUUCCACCGCAUUCACUCUGCCCACUGAAUGAUGCACGCUGGGGGCUCUGCUGGAUGAACUUCCAGAUUUUGAUAAUCACCUUGGCAGUGGUUGGUGGCAUUAUCAUCAUUGCCUUCCUGGUCUGCCUGUUCUGCUGCUGCAAGUGUGAGAACUUUGGAUCCAAAAGGUUUGAGGCCAAGAUGCAGAGACAGAGCAAUAAGAUGAAAACCAAGCAGGAAGAAAGGAAGGCAGAGAUGAAGCAGAGACAUGAGGAAAUCAGGAGUAAAUAUGGUCUAAAGGGGCCAAAUCCAUACUCCAAAUUUGCAUGAGAGGAUCGGUGACCUGAGAUUUACACCACAACCCUUCUGCUUUUCCCUGAACUCUGACCUAACACACAUCAACAACCUGUCCUGUUGGCUGUGACUUGAUCUGAGGAUUAAUGUAAACUAUAAUUAUGAUAAAUUCAGAAAGGUGACAGUAGUUUUGUAUAGGCAGUCUCUGGCUUCAUCCAGCCAAUGAAAAGGAAUGUUGUUUUCAAUGUGAUGAUUAUAGAGGCUGUAACUAAAGGCUAGAAUAUAUGUAGCAGCAGUGUUCUUCAAGACUAUAGUAGUCUAUCCUGUGGCUCCUACGGCAUCAGUCUUAAGUUUAAUUGUGAAGAAUGGAAAUAAUCUAGUUUGGUUACUGACUACUUAAUUCCUUUUUUAUUUAAGAAAAUCUGAUCACAUCUUCAGAUUUAAUCAGUUUUGUUCCCCUUAGUUGCUGCUGAUUUAGAGAUAUAGAGAUUAUUACCUAUUUUUCUACUUCAAAUUGACUCCUUCCUUUUCUGAAAUGUACUUGUUGGAGGCCAUUUUUGUUGAAUUACUGUUGGUUAUUAGGUUUGGAUAAUGUCACAAAUACUUUUCAGCCUUGCACUCUGAAUUUCUAAAGUAAUCAUUAAGUUCAGCUGAAUGUGUUGAUCCUGAAGUCGAUUGAAGUCUGCCUAAUUCAACAUUUGCCUAUAUAUCCUGUAAAGACACAUACCUCUAUUAAAAUAAUAGACUGGUUGUUAAUUCCUUUAGUGACUUUUAUUGUUUGUUUCGCCUGUAUUUUGCUUUUAUUAAAACCUUUGCCUUGUA